UGUCAGUGAGAAUGCCUCCACAGUCAGGCACCAGUGUAGGAAAGCCAGAAACUGAUUCAGAUCUUGCACAGCUUUUCACCUGGGAGGAAGUCGGACUUCACUCAGGCAAGAAAAACUCCAAGCAAGAGAGAUGGCUGGUCAUCGACAGAAAAGUCUAUGAUGUCACCCAGUUCUAUCGGCGGCAUCCUGGAGGAAACCGUGUCCUCAGCCACUAUUCAGGACAAGAUGCUACGGAUGCCUUCUCCGCUUUCCACAAAAAUGAGGACCUAGUGAAGAAAUACUUGAGUUCGCUGCUAAUUGGGGAGCUGGCGCCUGAUCAACCCAGCUGUGAGCCCACCAAAAAUGAAGCACUGGUACAGGAUUUCCGUGAGCUGCAUGAAAAGGUGAAGAGGAUGGGACUCCUGAAGCCAAGACAUUCCUUCUUCGUCUUCAUUUUUCUGCAUGCUUUCCUGCUAGACAUUGCAGCCUGGCUCACUAUCUGGUACUUUGGAAAAUCCUGGGUGCCCUUCCUUAUCGGGAUAGCUAUGUUCACCACUGCACAGAUCCAGUAUGGAUAUUUUCAGCAUGAUCUUGGGCAUAUUUCUGUCUUUGAGAAGGUCAAAUGGAAUAAAUUGUGGCACUUCAUUGUGUUGGCAAUACUUAAAGGUGGACCAGCCAGCUGGUGGAUUCAUAUGCAUAACCAGCAUCAUGCCAAACCCAACUGCUUCCGCAAGGACCCUGACCUCAACAUGCACCCGUUCCUGUUCAGCUUGGGGAAAGCACUCUCUGUGGAGCUUGGGAAGAAGAAAAAGAAAUACAUGCCUUACCAGCACCAGCACAAAUAUUUUGCCGUCUUAGCUCCAGUGGCGUUCGUUGCAUAUGUCCAGAUGAUUAUCUUUCACUAUGCAAUUCAGAGGAAGAAAUGGUUUGAGCUCACUACCACUAUGUUCUACAAUGUCCGCGUCUGCCUCAUGUACAUACCUUUAAUGGGAUUUAAGACUUUCAUGGCCUACUACUGGCUGGCCAGGUUGUUAGAAAGCUGUUGGUUUCUCUGGAUCACACAGAUGAACCACAUUCCAAUGAACAUCAAUUAUGACCAGAAUUUGGACUGGGUUUCUGCUCAGCUCGCAGCUACAUGUAAUGUGGAUCAAUCCAUGUUCAAUGACUGGUUCUCUGGGCACCUGAACUUCCAAAUUGAGCACCACCUUUUCCCGACGAUGCCUCGCCACAAUUACUGGAAGGUGGCUCCGCUGGUGAAAUCCCUCUGUGCCAAGCAUGGGGUUAAGUACAUCUGCAAACCCAUGCUCACGGCCUUUGCAGAUAUACUGCGGUCUCUGAAGGUGUCAGGGGAACACUGGCAGGAGGCUUAUUUGCACUUAUAAGAACAGGAAGGACUUUGGGAUGGAAUCUACAACAAACCCACCACACAGCAAAUGGAUUUGAUAGG